UCUGUCAAAAGGCCCGCACCAAUUCAAAACAUUGCGGUGAGAAGACUUGAUUGGGGGCAAAAUGAAGUCAAAUAUUCCAAAAAAGAAAGUGAAAAAGUCGUGGCAGACGGUUAAAAUCGAAGGCAAUGUAAUCAACGAAGAUGGGGAGGGCUUGGAAGGAUUUGUGGGCCUUGAAGUCUUAGAAAAUUAUAACAAAAACUUGGUUGUUUUGGGCAAAAAGAAAAAAAGGCAACAGCUCGCUGAACGCCGUAAAGACAAGACUAAGAAGGACGUCCGGAAAUUGCGAGAAGAAAGUAAUUCAGGCAUUCACACCGACGACGAGGAUGGACCGCCCAAAAAGAAAAAGAAGAAGGAAAAGGUGCAGAAAAAUUCGAAAAAAGAGGCAAAAAGCUAUCCGGGCAGGUUCGUCCUUCUAAAACCUCCCACUGAAAGUGAAGACACCGAAGAGGAAGCAACCGCAUCUUACUCAGAUGGGAUCCGUAUUGAGGAUUUGGCGAACUGGACGGGCAUGGGCAUCCCAGAACCAAUUUUGCGUGCCAUAUCAGAGCUGGGCUUCAGGACGCCGACAGAAAUCCAAGCACUUUCACUGCCGGCAGCGAUUUUGGGAAAGAAGGACAUUUUAGGAGCAGCAGAAACUGGCAGUGGAAAGACACUCGCUUUUGGGAUACCAAUCCUUGCAGGGAUAAUGGAACUGAAGCGAAGGAAUGUUAAAAGCGGCAUUCGGAAAGUGAAACCUUCCAAGGAACCCAGGCCGGAAUUCGAGCGGGACAACCUGACACCUCCACCCGAGGAAUUAGGGGAUUAUCCAGAAAUCGAGGAAAGCGACAGUGAGAUUGCGCAGAAACCUGAAAAGGAAGACAAACCCUUGUAUGCCUUAGUUCUAACACCAACUAGGGAACUCGCAGUUCAAGUGCGGGAUCACAUCGCUUCGGUGGCCAAGUACACGGGCAUCAAGGUUGCCGCAAUAUUUGGCGGUUUGUCUGCGGUUAAACAGCAACGCGUUCUUAAUAUGUGUCCAGAGAUUGUUGUUGCCACUCCUGGACGAUUGUGGGAACUGAUAGAAUCAGAUAACUCCCAUUUGAAAAAAAUGGACGAUAUAAGCUUUUUGGUAAUUGACGAAACCGAUCGAAUGGUGGAAAAGGGCCAUUUUGAGGAGCUUCAGAUGCUCCUUAAGCGAUUGAAUACGGACCAAAACAAGGUGGAGACUCGGCAGAACUUCAUCUUUUCCGCUACUCUUACGUUGGUUCAUGAUCUUCCGGAUCACUUGCAGAGAAAGAAUAUCGGACGAAAAGGGAAAAUUGUAAAGCAAACGCCAGGAAUGAAGAUACAGAGUCUUAUAGAGUCUCUGGGGAUCUCGCAACCAAAAGUCGUUGAUAUUACCAGAAGCAGUCAGACAGCUGAGACCCUGACGGAGUGCCGAAUUAUAUGCUCAAUUGACCACAAGGACUACUACUUAUAUUACUUCCUGCAGAGGCACCCAGGCCGGACGAUUGUAUUUUGUAACUCUAUUGGUUGUGUGAAACGGCUGGCGCAGCUCUUCACUCUACUUGAUUGCCAGCCUCUGCCGCUUCACGCCAGUAUGAUUCAGAAGCAACGUCUGAAAAACCUGGAAAGAUUCCGGAAUAAUCCAAAUGGAUUCCUGGUGGCGACAGACGUGGCUGCCCGGGGACUAGACAUUCCCGAUGUUCAGCAUGUGAUCCAUUACCAAGUUCCUCGAACCAGUGAAAAUUACGUCCAUCGUUCAGGCCGAACUGCUCGAGCUAGCAAGGAUGGGAUCACGAUAAUGAUCAUGGAGCCUGGAGAGGUUAAAAAUUAUCUGAAACUGUGCAAAACUCUGGAUCGAAAUGAGGAUCUUCCUUUGUUUCCUGUAUCUGAACGUCACCUGAAUGCAGUGAAGGAACGUGUUAAUCUGGCCCGUGACGUAGACAGACUGGAGUUAAGGUUGCGGAGAGAAACAAGCCAAAUUGGAUGGAUGAAGAAGUCAGCCGAAGAAAUGGAUAUAAUUCUGGAUCAUGAAGAUAUUACGGACGAUGAUGUGAGCGAUGACGAUGAAAAUGUAAUUAAGAAAAAGCAGGAGAAGCGACUUUUAGAUACUAAACGUCAGCAAUUGAAAACCGUUUUGAAUAAACCUCUUUUCCCAAAAGGAUUCAGCUACAAGUACCCAACAAGCGAUGGAAAAUUAGCCCUCCCGUUCUUACCAGCCGACUCAAGUAACGAAAGUGCAAUAAAAGUUGUAAAGAAAGCUAUCCAAGAACGUAAAGAGGAAAGGAAGCGACGCAAUAAGAGGAAAAGACCAAUCGAGGAGACUUCAUAAACUACCUAGAUAAAAACAUGGUUACAUUUUUUGUAAAGAUGUAAAUAAAUUUAUUUUUAGUGAA